AUCUCUAGACUCUGCAGUCGUCGAGUGCCCGCGAGAGCUUUAGGAUCGCUCUCUAUCAGCAAAACGGAGUGGUAGGUUUGGUUCGAUCGAAUAAUUGGUGACAAUUCGACCGAAAGCACCAGGAGCAAAACCCCAUCACCAAUUCCACAACACUCAGCUUCAGGGACAAUAUCUCGAUGCCGUUCAUCUCAAAAGACUGGAGAAGUCCUGGUGAAGAAUGGGUUAAAACUGUCGAAGGAUGGGAAAAGAAAAAAAUACUGGAAUGUGCAAAUAAUAAAACUCUUUCAUUGCUGAUACGGAGCGAGAAAGAUGGAGACAAACCUCGGGAAAAGGAGAAGGAAAAGGAGAAGAAAAAAGAAAAUGCCGUCCAACCUCACUGUCACAUUACCCUGAAGUGUACACGUGAGAUUGCUGGAUUCAAUGGAUUAAGUGAUGCACUUAAGAGGCUUGAUUUUUUGUCUGCGGUGCAUGACUGUCGACGUUUCAACUAUAUCGUACGUUUGUUGGAUCUACUGGUCAGCCACACAAUGGGUGGUCUUAGUGGAUGUGCUCAACGAGUGCUGUUCAACAUGCUGGAAGAAGUUACUCUGGAGGUUUCUUGUUCUCAGCAACAAACUGGAAGACUUCGUAGACUGAUUGAAAGAGUUAGAGCUUUUAGUGCAAGUUGCUGUUGGGGUGGACGACCUCUUGGUUCAGUUGUUCUUUGGGAAAAACACAAGGCAGCUUUAGAUAGAAUUUUACAAAUUGCUUCAUCUAUUACUAUAACUCAGCCUGAUGAAGAGCAGCGUCCACAGUGGGCAGAUCUUCCUGCUGAAUGUAGACGAGAAGUGCUUUUACGUCUGAGUGAUCCAAGAGAUAUUGAAGCUUCUUCAGAAGCUUGUGAACAUCUUGCUGUUCUUGCUCAAGAACAAAGAAUCUGGAGAGAACUUGCACAGUAUCAUUUUACUCCUCAACAAAUUGCUACAACAAUGCAAAAUAACCCCGGCAAAGACUGGAAAACAUUAUUUACUAUUGCUCGAAGAAACUUUGGACUGCGAGAAGAGUAUGCUGAAAUGAUUCAACUAUGCCGAAACUGUCGUUGUCUCUUUUGGCGAUCUCUUGGCCAUCCCUGCAUUGCUGACCAAGACCCUGCGUUCCAAGAGAAGCUUGCUGAUGUCGAUCAAUCUUCUCUUCAUGUUCCAAUCCCACCGCAAACUUUUCUCAAAUUUUUCUCUCUGUGAGGAAUGUAGUCCACAAGCUAAACUGCAAUCGUCAAUCCACAGGCAAAUUCUUUGAGAAAACAUAGAAGAUAAAAAAUGAAAAUGUUCAGUCUUUAGAAUAUCUAUUGUUGGCUGUUAAAAAUUAACUUCACUUGUAAUUUUCUCUUUGAAGUAUUAUAACUCUAAAUUAAUCGAGCAAGAAAAAAAAACAAAAAAAAAAAUCGUAAAUUUAAGUCGAAAAAAGAUAUAUUAUAUUUAUUUUGUGGCGAAAAAAGGGCAGAGAGAAAAAUAUAAAGGAUAUAAUUUAAAUAUAGGUAUAUCGUCCAUUAAAAUGGUUAAUUAUUUAUCACUGAAUCAACGAUCGAAAUGAAUUUAUUCGUGAUAUGUUCGUAUAAUGACUGUCAUUGAAACAUAUUGACCGAAUAAUUUAACGUCCAAUUACGAUCUCUUCCAGAAAUUUUUUUAUGCAAACUAAGUAAGGAAUUGAACGAUAAUUUAUCUUAUAAAACUACCGAUCUUCAUUUAUAAUCAUUUCGAUGGUUACAUAUUGUUUUUAAUGAAUUGACAAAAAUAUCCUUUUUUAUUUAAGAUAUAAUCAAUUCGUCACCGUACGCCGAAUCAAUUCCGCGUUCUAUCCACCUUUCUUCCUUUGACAAAAUUAUUUUUAAACUAGAGAAAAUCAUAUCUUAAAAAUGUAAAUAUAAUAUCUCUAUAUUGAAAAAUGUACGGGCCAAUAAAAUAUUAUUAUUACAUUUGAAAAACAAAUACAAAAAAAAAAGAAAGUAAGGUGGAUGUAACGAAUUUAAUUUUAAAUAUAGAAACAGACAUUAAGGAUUAAAAUAAUUUAAACGAUGUUCAUUGUCGGAAUGUUAUAUGCAUUGUUGUGUAGUUAUCUAUCAAUCUCAUAUAUAUCAUUAUUAGGAUAUGUGAUAAAUUUUUAAUGUGUCUAACUAUCCUUACUGAAUUUAUAUAUAUUGUAUUACUACAUUUAAUGAUUAUAAUAUUAGUUUUAAUUUUAAUAUAAUUAUCGAUAAAGUCGAUUUUAAUAAGUUCAAUCGGUAUUUCUAAUCUGAAAUAUAACAACCGUUUAUUGCAGUGUGAAAUUUAAAAAAUACGAAAAAAUUACUGCCAAUGCAAAUGCUAUUGCAUUUAUGUGAAUUGAUAAUAAUUACAUAUUUUGAAUGUCAAAUGUUCAAUGGUUUGACCCUCAUUUUUUCAUAUGUUUUUUAAUAUGAUUUAUGUAUAAAUUACUGCACGGAAAUAUAUUUCAUUAGACUAGUCAUUAUGUAGCUCGACCAAGACUACAAAACAUUUGAUCUAAAUAAAGAAUGGAAAAGAUCAGUUAUAAA